AGUGGAAGGGCAGAUGUCUCACAGGCAGGUUUAGAUUAAUUCAAUUUGUACUUAAUUUCAGUUGCACUAAAUAAAAUAUAGCAUUUAUAAUGAAGAUAAAACCCAUUGACAAAUAACCAGGAUCAGCCAGAUAAAAACGGAGCGCGCGGGGCUUUUUAACUACAUUUCCCGACAUGCAGAGUGGCUAUUACGUCAUAAGCAUGUGCCCGGGUUUGUUAUGCUGUGUUGGAAAGUGACGUGAGACGGUAUGUUGUGUUUUUAUACAUUACAAGCUUAGAAUUUCACCAGAAAAGAAAGAAACACUAUAAAUAUAUAUAAAAUGUGACCAUAUAUGCGAUGUUUCAAAUGUUAUGAAUGAAUAAGAGGUAUUUGUGAAAGCUACGGUACUAUCUUCUUCGCGUUUUUGUUUAGUAUUUAAUCUUCCUGUCAAGCCAAGUCUGACUAUUAUUUUUCCUUGUUUUUUUUUUUUAGAUUUAAAAAAUAUGUUUAUGCCAAGAGCUUUGAAGGUGAAAAGACCUGCCCAGGGACCUGCGCCAGGUGUGAAUAAAAAACCUAAGAUCUGUCCAGAGUCUAGUGGUUCAGAGACACAUGUGCAAGAAGAGGAAGAGAAGAAAACACCUGUCGAAACAGUGCAAGAGGUAGAAGAGCCUGCGCAUGUGACAGAGAAUGUCACAUCUGAAGACAGACACGAAUCCUCAUCAGAUGAAGAGGAGGAGGAACCAGUGAAAUCCUUCAAAAAGAGCCAGCGAUGGCCUGAGCCAGGAGAACCAGUCUGUGUGAUGUGUGGUCGCUACGGGGAGUACAUAUGUGAUGCCACUGAUAACGACGUUUGCAGUCUUGAGUGCAAAGCCAAACAUCUAAUGAAGAUGGGAUUCGGGACCGGUGAGGAAGCCUUUACCGGAAAAGACACAAACUGGGACGGAAAGGCCUGUCAGCUCGAUCAAAAAGUGGCGAAAACUGUUGGAAAAGAAGUCUUCUUUUCCUACAAGGAAGAUCAUUUUAUAUCAAAUCUGACAGAUGAGCAGGUGCAACGAAUAAAACAGGAGCUUGGCAUUGAAACCCAGGGGGAAGAUGUCAGGAAACCUAUCGUUGAGUUUGAACAUUGUGCUUUUCCUUUAACGCUGAGUGAUAACCUGAAAAAAGCUGGUUACGAGGCGCCCACGCCCAUCCAGAUGCAGAUGGUGCCGGUUGGUCUCACGGGCAGGGAUGUGAUCGCCAGCGCGGACACUGGGUCUGGAAAAACUGUAGCCUUCUUGCUGCCUGUCAUCGUAAGGGCCAUGGAGAAAGCAGCGGAUGGUGUGUGCAGCCCCGUGGCCCUGAUCCUGACCCCCACCAGAGAGCUGGCCAUUCAGAUUGAAAGGCAGGCCAAGGAGCUCGUGAUCGGACUCCCCAACAUGAGAACGGCGCUGCUCGUGGGCGGCAUGCCACUCCCCCCACAGCUCCAUCGCCUCAAGAGCAGCAUCAAAAUUGUCAUAGCUACACCUGGAAGAGUGAUUGAAAUCCUGAAGCAGAAAGUGCUGAAACUUGACAAAGUGAGGAUUGUGGUGGUUGAUGAGGUCGACAGUAUGCUGAAGAUGGGCUUCCAGCACCAGGUCCUAGAAGUUCUGGACCAAGUCCCCGAGGACCAUCAGACUCUGCUGACUUCGGCCACCAUCCCAAAAGGGACAGAGGAGCUGGCUGCUCGGCUGGUCCGAGACCCCGUACGUAUCGCCAUCGGCGAGAAGAACCAGCCAUGUGCCAACGUUAAGCAGAUCCUUCUCUGGGUGGAAGAGCCUUCCAAGAAGAAGAAGCUGUUUGAGAUUCUCAAUGACAGCAAACUGUACCAGCCUCCCGUAGUGGUGUUCGUUGAAUGCAAAGCGGGCGCCGAUCUGCUGUGCGAGGCGGUCUCCAAGGUGACAGGUCUCACUACCGUGGCAAUCCACUCGGACAAGAAGCAGUGGGAACGCAACCGCAUUCUCAAGGGUCUUCUGGAUGGGGAGUAUGAAGUCGUCAUCAGUACCGGUGUUUUAGGGAGGGGGCUGGACCUCGUCAACGUCAGAGUGGUUGUAAACUUUGACAUGCCGAACACAAUGGAUGAGUACGUCCACCAGGUUGGUAGAGCAGGGAGGCUAGGACACAGGGGAACAGCCAUCACGUUCCUCAACAACAACAACAAAAGGCUGUUCUUGAGUGUGGUGAACAGAGUCAAACCCACUGGGUCCAUUCUGCCUCCUCAGCUUUUAAACUCUCCCUACCUCCAUGAGCAGCAGAGGAAGGAAAGACAGAAAUCCACACUGGGACCCGGAGAUACACUGGUCACCAAGAACAACCUCCUCGACAUCAUAAAGAAACACCAUCGUAGCAAGAAAAGCUAAAUCAAGUAUUUAUGUGCUAAAUACAAUUUAGUUUUUUUUUUUGUAUUGUUUAUUGGAAAUAAUGAAAUGACUCAAUGUGGAAAUUUAUUUUGAGUAUUAAAAAAAUAAAAAAUGUU